AUGGCUGAUACGCAAGUUAGAGCUUAUCUUUCUUAUUUUAAUGCCCAUGAUCUUCUAGCGAUCAAAAAUUGUCUUGAUAUUGACUGUCAAGUUGGAUUAAAUGAUGGCACUAUUCUCGUCCAAGGUCGUGAUAAUAUGUUAAAACUGUAUGAAGAUGAUUUCAAGAAUCCAAAUUGUUUUGCGAAAAUUAUCAAGUUCAUUGGGAUGAAAGAAAAUGAAGACGAAACAGAAAAUGUAAGAAUGCUAUUGGAGUUUGAAGGUAAAGACAAAGAUGUAAGAAAACAAAUUGAUGUUGAUUAUGUUAUGAGAAAAAAUGAUUUUCAAAUGGUCAAACAUAUUAUACACUCGGUUACUAAUGUGUGA